AUGUCUACUGAAUUGACUGUGCAAGCUGAAAGAGCUUUCCAAAAGCAACCACACAUCUUCACCAACCCAAAGGCCAAGGCUAACAGACGUACCAAGAGAUGGUAUAAGAACGUUGGUUUGGGUUUCAAGACCCCAAAGACCGCCAUCGAGGGUUCUUACAUCGACAAGAAGUGCCCAUUCACUGGCUUGGUCUCCAUCCGUGGUAAGAUCUUGUCCGGUGUCGUGGUCUCCGCCAAGAUGCACCGUACCAUCGUCAUCAGAAGAGACUACUUGCACUACGUUCCAAAGUACAACAGAUACGAGAAGAGACACAAGAACGUCCCAGUCCACGUUUCUCCAGCUUUCCGUGUCGAGGUUGGCGACAUUGUCACCGUUGGUCAGUGCAGACCUAUCUCCAAGACCGUUAGAUUCAACGUCUUGAAGGUCACCACCCCAGCUGGUAAGGCUAACAAACAAUUCAGCAAGUUCUAA